CGUACUAUGUCGUAUCAUCUGCUCACAUCAGGAGGCAAACAAGGCCGGCUGGUUCGCGGCUUAGCGAGCGCUAGCUAACGCCGCAAGCGCGAGCGCGUCCGAGUUGACCGCGUUGGACCAGAAAGACAGAGCGACGGAGCGGUGAGAAGUUUGGAGAAGUCGAGCAGCCGCAGAACAUCUGGACAAAACAGUCAGGGUGGAUGUUUGUCUUAACCAGCACAUGGCCUGUAUUCUGCUGACAGACAUGGACCCACCUACCUCCAGUCCCACAGCUCAUCACAACGGCCUUCUCCCUGACCUCGACUCAGCCACCGGAGCCGACCCCAAGCAGGACACGGAUGUCACCUGCCUCACUGUCCACCUUUACUGUCUGGGGAAGGAUGGAGGAGAGGGUGGAGCCGACGGUUCAGCAAGUGUGCUCACGUUUCCAUCUGGAGAAUAUGUAGCAGAGGAACUGUGCAUCAGUGCAGCGAAAGCAUGUGGGAUUGCUCCAGUGUACUGCAGCUUAUUUGGCCUGAUGAGGGAACGUGACCGGAUAUGGUUCCCUCCUAAUCACAUUUUUAAACUGCAACAGCCAGACACAGAGAGCCUGCACUUCAGAAUCAGAUACUAUUUUCCUGGCUGGCAUAACAGCAGUAAGUCAUUGUAUGCUCAUCGCUACGGCAUGUCCAAGGGGAUGGAGAGCCCUGUGAUGGAUGAUUGUGUCAUGGCGUACCAGUUUUUUCAGUGGCGUAGUGACUUUUUGAACGGCUGGGUCAACGUCCCAGUAAGCCACGAGGCCCAGGAGGAGUGUCUGGGCAUGGCCGUGCUGGACAUGAUGAGGCUCGCCAAAGAGAGUGGUCAGUCACCUGUGAGCAUCUGCAAUGACACCAGCUACAAGUGCUUCCUGCCGAGGUGCAUGCGAAGCCGCAUCCAGGAAUAUAACAUGUUGACUCGGAAGAGGAUCCGCUAUCGCUUCAAGAGGUUCAUCCAGCAGUUCAGUGAAUGCAAGGCCACGGUGUGUAACCUCAAGCUCAAGUACCUGAUGAGCCUGGAGAUGUUGCUACCCUCCCUCUACUCUGAGCGCUUCCAAGUCACCGACCUCUCUGCAAAUAAGGUUACCAUCGUUGUCAUGGGCAACAAGGGAAUCCAGUGGUCAAAAGGGAUAGAGGAGGAGCAAGUAGAGGAGGAUCUCAAGACAUACUGUGACUUCCCAGAGGUGAUUGACAUCAGCAUCAAACAGGCCAAUAAGGAAGGCUCUGUGGAGAGUCGCAUAGUGACCCUUACCAAACAGGACAACCAGAUCUUGGAACUGGAGUUUCAUUUGCUUUCAGAGGCUCUGUCAUUCGUGUCAUUAGUUGAUGGGUAUUACAGACUGGUUGCAGACGCCCAUCAUUACCUGUGUAAAGAGGUGGCUCCACCAAGACUUCUAGAGUGCAUUCAGAGCUACUGCCACGGCCCUGUGUCGAUGGAGUUUACGAUUAGUAAGCUGCGUCGCUCUGGUAACCACCAAGGCCUGUACAUCCUCCGCUGCAGCCCCAGGGACUAUGACAAAUACUUCAUGUCCUUUGUGGUGGGGUAUGAAACUAUGGUGGACUACAAGCACUGUCAGAUCGUGAAGACGGAGGCAGGACAGUACAUUCUGAGUGGUGCUAAGAGGAGCUUCGGCUCACUCAGGGAACUUCUGCACUGCUACCAAAAGGAGGCGCUCCGCACUGAUGGAUACACAUUCCAGCUGACCAGGUGCUGCCCGCCCACCCUGAAAGAUAAAUCCAACCUGCUGGUGUGUAGAAAUAAUCAAGGGGCCGAGGUUCCAGUCUCUCCCUCUCUCCACAAGCACAACAUCAGCCAGAUGGUCUUCCACAAGAUCCGAAAAGAGGACCUUGUCAUCAAUGAGAGUCUGGGCCAAGGAACGUUCACCAAGAUCUUCCGCGGUGUUAGGAAGGAGCUGGGAGACUACGGAGAGAUACACCAGAUAGAUGUCGUUAUCAAAAUCCUGGACAAGGCUCACCGCAACUAUUCAGAGUCGUUCUUUGAAGCAGCCAGUAUGAUGAGCCAGCUCUCCUACAAGCACUUACUCCUCAACUAUGGCGUGUGUGUUUGUGGUGAUGAGAACAUGAUGGUGCAGGAGUACGGUAAAUUUGGUUCACUCGACACCUACCUGAAAAAGAAUAAAAGCUGUGUUAACAUCACCUGGAAGCUGGAAGUGGCUAAGCAGCUAUCCUGGGCUAUGCACUACCUGGAGGAUAAGAACCUCAUUCACGGAAACGUCUGCGCCAAGAAUGUCCUUCUGAUUAGAGAGGAGGAUCGGACGACGGGCAGCCUGCCCUUCAUCAAGCUCAGUGACCCGGGUAUCAGCAUCCUCACGCUGCCCAGAGAAGUUCUGGUGGAGCGUAUCCCAUGGGUGCCCCCCGAGUGCAUUGAAAACCCCCAAAACCUGAGUUUAGCCACAGACAAGUGGGGCUUUGGGACCACCCUUUGGGAGAUCUGCAGCGGUGGAGACAAACCACUCAGCACCCUGGACUGCUCCAAGAAGAACUUGUUCUAUGAGGACAGGCACCAGCUGCCGGCUCCUAAAUGGACAGAGCUGGCCAACCUGAUCAACAGCUGUAUGGACUAUGAGCCCUCACACCGGCCCUCCUUCAGAGCAAUUAUCAGAGAUCUCAACAGUCUCUUCACACCAGACUAUGAGCUGCUGGUGGAGAAUGAUAUGGUGCCAAACAGGACAAGAGGCUCCGGCUUCCCGUGGACCGCCGACAGCCAGGAGCCCGCCCAGUUCGAGGAGAGGCACCUCAUCUUUCUCAAGCAGCUGGGCAAAGGCAACUUUGGCAGCGUGGAGAUGUGCAGGUACGACCCCCUGCAGGACAGCACAGGGGAGGUGGUGGCCGUGAAGAAGCUACAGCACAGCACGGCCGAGCACCUCAGGGACUUCGAGCGGGAAAUUGAGAUCCUCAAAUCCCUCCAGCAUGAAAACAUCGUCAAAUACAAAGGAGUCUGCUAUAGUGCAGGACGAAGAAACCUCCGGCUGAUAAUGGAGUAUCUCCCCUACGGCAGCUUGAGAGAUUAUCUCAUCAAACACAAGGAUCACUUUGACUCCAACAAACUGCUUCACUAUGCAUCACAGAUUUGUAAGGGCAUGGACUACCUUGCCAUGAAGCGAUACAUCCACAGAGACCUGGCCACUCGAAACAUCCUGGUGGAGAGCGAGAUGAGGGUAAAGAUCGGCGAUUUCGGCCUGACCAAGGUGCUGCCGCAGGACAAGGAGUACUACACUGUCAGGGAGCCCGGGCAAAGCCCCAUCUUCUGGUAUGCCCCAGAGUCGCUGACAGAGAGCAAGUUCUCUGUGGCGUCAGAUGUUUGGAGUUUCGGCGUUGUCCUCUAUGAACUCUUCACCUACAGCGACAAGAACUGCAGCCCGCCAGCGGUGUUUAUGGAGAAGAUGGGAAAUGAAAAGCAGGGCCAGAUGAUUGUCUACCAUCUUAUAGACCUGCUGAAACAAGGAUACAGGCUGCCUGCUCCUGAUAAUUGUCCAAAGGAGAUUCACAAAAUCAUGACGGAGUGCUGGAGCAGUGAACCCAGACUGCGCCCUGCCUUCAAGACGUUAAUGCACAGUGUGGAGACUGUACGAGACAGCGUGGACAGAUGAUUCCUGAACCUCUGACCUUUCGGUGUUGCCUCCCGGGAGUCAGCCCUCACAGAUCUUAACAGAGCAGCGAAUGUGUUAGUGAUGCCGUCCCUAGUUUAAAGUGUACAUAUUUUUUCUACUGGUGCUCUGCAUGUUUGCAGCCUGAUUAAUACAACAAUGAAGAGCAACGAUCUGUUUAGUCAGUACACUACGUCUGGCUCAGACACCAAACAAAAGAUUAUUUUUGAUGCUUUUAAGGUAAUUUUAUUAUGGGCUAAAUUAUUUUUGCUGUGUUAUUUGUACAUUUUGUGUUUUACAAAUUGAAUUUGACGAUACUCAUGAACUGGAACUGAAGUAAUGUGUUGAAUGUUUAAGCCUUAAAAUUUGUGCCAAAAAUGAAAAAAUCACCACAAAUCAGCAUUUUUUUAAUGCUCAGUCCUUUGAUUUUGUAGUUUUAUUGCUGUGAAUGAGGAGCAGCUUAUUGUGUUUAACCAAAGAGUCCAGGGGAGACUGUUAGCCAUCGGACCGCACACCUGAACCUCACGGCGCUGCUCAUGUGAGGCUGAACUGAAGGACUGGAGCUGGGCAGGGUUCCUCCUGGUAACCCCCACAGACAGCUUUGACCGAUAAAGGACCGGCCGUACAUGUAAAGCACCAGCUGCACUUCUGAACUUCUGGUUUUCGAGUCAAAUUUCUGUGGUCAUAGUGGAUUUGUGUUCUCACAGAUUUUCACUGCAAAUGGCGGAUGUGUUUUUCUGAGAUGACAAAGCAACAGCAGAAGCAUCCAGAGUCCUAUUGUAAGUCAUAUUUGCAACACAGUCUUUCCACACAAUAGAGGUCAGACUUAACACUGCAAUGUGGAAACAAAGAAAUGCAUUAAAGAGACAGCAAUACUUAGCAAUAAUUAGUCUCUCUGAGAAAUCUUGUAGUGCCAUGUCAUGUUUCUGUUCAGCAUUUUUCUUGUUUUGAAAGGAAAAAAGCUCUGGAGAUGAUCGUACUGCCUUUGUAAUUACUAUCCUGUAUAUAUUUUAUGAUGUUUUAAGUCUGCACUAUCUGCCUGUAGAUACCUAAUGUGAAAAGUAGAGAAAAAGUAAUGAAGGGAAAUGCUUUUAUUUUCUGGAGUAGCUUCUUGUUGCAAAACAUAAUUUUAUUUAAAUCUUAUUUGACUUUUUGUUCAUGUUCUUUAAUUAUUUUCCAUAUAUAUAUAUAUAUAUAUAUAUAUAUAUAUAUCUUAUGAUGUACAUCAUCAGCCACAACUGUCACAAGGGGAAUUUUAUUUUCUUGUUUAUGUUGUCGUAAAGUGUAAAACAUGUACCAAAUGUUUUGUUUUGUGAUUUGAGACUGCUGAGAGGAAACUCUCCCUGAACAGAAUCAAAUUUGUGGAGCAGCAUCUGUCUUUUAAACUUAAAAGAAAAACUGUGUGUGGGAGCGACUGGUGAUCUGGCCCGUCUGAAUAUUUUGCUUGUAGUGUCAAAUGUGUUGCCAAUGAGAGAUUGUCAGUUUGUACAGAGUUGCCAUCAUGCCUACGAUGAAAAAUGGUGCUGCCAAAUGGGUUACAUUUUCAACUCAUACAACUAUUAUUGUGACAUAUGUGCAUUGGUGUGUAAGACCAAAUAUAGUUACUUUGUGAAAUAUGCAUCAUUUUCUAUUGAAAGAUUUUCAGAAAAAAGAGAUUUUUAACCAUUAAACUGUUGGCUCUUUCCAUUUAUUUCACUUCUUUAGUUUGGUUUAAAUGACGUUAAGCCUGGUUGUGUCAUCUGACGGCAACAUGCAGCUACCUUUCAUACCUUUAAGUGUAGAUAGAUGUAAAUAUUUAAGGAUGAUAUGUAGUAUAUUCCUGGUGUGUAUGCACUUUUAUUAGACAAGACAAAGGUACUUUUUUAAUCUAAAUGUGGUUUCUCAUCAUCUUCUGUCAGCUUAUACGUCAGUAAAAUUCUGUUUCAUGUAGUUGCGAUUUUUGCAUGUAACACUGUAAAAUGCUUUAUACGUUUAUUAUGGGCUUUUGCUCAGAGCGUUAAAUGUAUCUUUUAGCUGCGUUAGAAAGGGGGAAAAAAUCUCUUGCAGUCGUGUCCUCAGGGUGUUGAGAGUAAAUGUUCGAGCAGGAGUAAUGUUGUGAACAGAGGCCAGCAAUAAGUUCACAGCAGCCUAAAUGACAUUAAUGUGAGAUUGUGCCUGUGCGAGUAUGAAGCCAGUUUAGUCCGACAGUCUGCAGGCGAGAGUGUGGAUGUUGCUUAUUGCUCCCAAGUGUUGUGUGAAUAUAUGAUAUGGCACAACAUUUCAUAUCAACAGUAUUUAAAAUUUAUUCUCAAUGAUGCUGAAAAGGUGACACACAGAACAUGUUUUUUUUUGUUUCAAACAAAAUAUCAAACAAGGAGAAUAAAGAAAAUGUUAUA